AUGCAGACAAAUUCAAGUCUAAGCAAUGUUUGUCCUAGACCUAUACGGUGUCUAUUGCUGCUCACAAGAAUUAUGAUAUCGUUCGUUGAUAGCGUUGAAUUGCACAUUGGCGGUGUAUUCCCUCUUGAAGCUGGCUCGGGUGGUUGGGCCGGAGGCCAGGCUUGUCUUCCGGCUGUUCGCAUGGCACUUUAUGAUGUUAAUCAUAACCCCGACGUACUGCCCGGUUAUAACCUUACAUUACAUCAUCAUAACAGCAAGUGUCAACCCGGAUUAGCAGCAAAGCAAAUGUAUGAACUACUUUAUAAACCACCUGUAAAAUUAAUGCUUUUGGUGGGCUGUAGUCCAGUCACCACUGUGGUCGCAGAUGCAGCUCCAGUUUGGAAUUUGGUCGUUGUAAGAGAUUUGUUGAUAAUUUAUUCACAAAUUGUUUGUCUUAAAUAUUGCCAAGCUUUAUUCGAUGUUAUUCAUUUACCCCUUAUUUAUAUCAUCUUACAGUUAUCUUACGGAGCAAGUUCGCCGGCACUCUCCAACAGACAACGAUUUCCAACUUUAUUCCGUACGCAUCCAACUGCAAAUAUGCAAAAUCCAACCAGAAUUCAACUAUUUCAUAAGUUCAAUUGGCGUAAAAUCACUAUUUUACAAUCAGUUGAAGAAGUUUUCACGUCAACAUCGAAAGAUCUCGAAAACCAGUGUCGUGAAAGUGGUAUUCGUGUCGAAAGACAGUCCUUCUACGGCGAUCCAACAGAUGCCGUUAAAACGCUCGUUCGACAGGAUGCACGCAUCAUUGUUGGAUUAUUCUAUGCAACUGAAGCGAGACGAGUGCUAUGUCAGGCCUAUAAGCAUGGACUUUACGGCAGUAAAUAUGUUUGGUUUUUCAUUGGUUGGUACGAAGACACAUGGUUUUUACCACUUAAAGAUGAAAUGCUCAACUGUACUGCAUCACAGAUGACCGCAGCAGCACAAUAUCACAUCACAACCGAGAGUAUUAUGUUGAGUCGAGACCAAAAGCCCACUGUAUCUGGAAUGACCGGUGAGCAGUUUCAACGUCGACUCAAGAGGCUUAUCGAGACAGAUCCAGCGAAUACGGGUGGAUUUCCAGAAGCACCUUUAGCAUACGACGCUGUUUGGGCAGUUGCACUUGCGUUCAAUUGUACAUUGGCUAAAAUGUCAAAAGCUGACAGUUUGGAGAAUUUCACCUACAAUAAUACAGUCAUUGCUGAUCAACUUUUCAAAUGUGUUGAGCACACUCAAUUUAAAGGCGUUUCGGGUCAAGUAAUGUUCUCGGACUCAGGCGAUCGCAUUGCACGAACUCAAAUUGAACAAUUACAGGAUGGUCGGUAUCAAAUUCUCGGCACAUAUGAUACAACAACUCAGUACCUCGACUGGUUCUCCAAAGAGAAAUUCCCAACUGCAAAUGGACUCGCACCACCAGAUUCUACUAUUAUUCGUGAAUCACUUCUUACCGUCACCAUUGAAUCACGUAUAUCAAUUCUUAUGAUCGGUUUUACAUUUGCAUACGGCUCAAUGUUUGCGAAAGUGUGGAUCGUAUACCGAAUGGGUGCUUCUGAGAAUCGUGAAGCGGCAUCGCGACACAACAAUUCUGAUGAAUUGAUAGGCAUAAAAUCUAAACAAAAUUCAAACUAUUUAUACUUGCUACCUCAGGAUGACUCCUUCGGAGCAUGGGAAGGUAUUCGUACGUUAAUCGCGUCCGUGAUAGCCCGUCAAGCGAUGGUGUCAAGUGCACUUCGAAAAGUAUCUUCGCAUGCAUACGGUAGUCUGAUGCCGAAGAAAACGUGCAUUCUCAAUCAGGUGCUAACUCCAAUUCCUGCCGGUAAAUUCUACUGGGUUAUUGCUGCCUUCUUUAUGGUCGACUUUUUCAUCAUCACCGCUUGGAUUGCACUCGAUCCUUUGCAGAGGGAAGAGAAACGAUUCCCUUUACAGGAACCACCCGCCGGUACAAAUGAAGAUGUGAUGUUACUUCCGAUUCUUGAACUUUGUCAGAGUAAUCAUCAAGAAAUUUGGAUCGGCAUAAUCAUGGGUUAUAAAUGUUUAUUAUUGAUAUUUGGAUUGUUGCUCGCUUAUGAGUCAAGAAAUUUGAAACUCCGUUUUGUGAACGAUUCACGUUUCGUUUCAUUGGCCAUCUAUAAUGUGGCUAUUCUAUCACUACUUACCGGACCUGUUGUCACACUUUUGAUACGCUCUCAAGCCGAUGCUAACUUUGCUUUUGUUAGCUUUACUGUACUUCUAUGCACCUACAUAAGUAUUGCGCUUGUAUUUCUACCGAAGAUUCUCUACAUUUAUCGUGUGCCUGAGAGUUCAGACCAAAGCAGUGUCAGUGCUCGAGCGCAUGGUGUCGCUCAGAUUCGCACAAAACUUACAAAAAUCGAGCAGAAACGUUAUGAGCAACUACUCGUUGAGAAUACGGAAUUGAAACGUCAAAUUGAAAUUGUAUGUUCACCAUUAAUCAUCUUUUAG